AGUGGGAAACUCUUCCACCUUUUGGGCAGCUUCCCCACCUCAAGUCUCUGUACCUUUGUAACAUGCCAAAAGUAAAGCAGCUUGAUAAUAAAUUCAGUGGGAAUAACAAUAUUUGUGUGUUUCCAGCGCUGGAGGUUCUACAUAUGAAGGGAUUACAAUUAUUGGAGGAUUUGUUUGAUAAAGAAGGAGCAGCAACAGAUGAAUAUUUCUUUCCUUGCUUAACGGAACUCUUCCUCGAUGACUGCCCAAAUCUGCAGGAGUUGAGCUAUUUGCCUCCUAAGCUCAAGAAAAUGCAGAUACACGAAGUUGGAUGGAAAACUGCUUUGAACUGCAAGAAAGGCUCCAACAAAUGUUGCGGCAUUUCAAAAUCCAUUCCCCUUGAAAGUUUAGAGGUCCUUUCGUGCCCAAACAUCACAUCUCUUCUUCAGGCGGAUGCAAGACUUGAAGCACUGAGAGAAUUGACAAUUAAGCGUUGCCCCAAUCUAAUUUCUCUGGGUGGACUGCAACAAGUGGAGAGUGGCAUUGAGAAAUUCCAGCUUAUUCUCAGUGUAGUUGUUAUAGAUGACCCAUCCUUGUUGCCAAAAGUAAGUAUCGCCUCCUUGGAAAAGCUCACAAUUUGUGAUAAUGUUUUGCUGGUUUCUUUUACAAUUGAGGCGGAGCAGUGGUUUCCGCACGUUAGCUCAUCCCUUCGUGAGUUGAGCUUUAGUGGCCCCAAUUCCCUGCAGUCUCUCCCUUCCUCCUGGGAAAGCCUCUCUUCACUUAAGAUUCUACGUGUCGAAAGAGUUCCUCAGCUCCAGCAGCUUCCACACAUCCCCUCCUCCCUGGAAAGAUUAGAACUUUAUUUUCUGAAAUCAUUGCAGUGUCUGCCAUCUUCUUUGUCGGCCAUCUCAUCCCUCAACCAACUAGAAUUAGAAAGCAUUCCACUCAUCAAAUCAUUGCCAGAACUCCCUUCCUCCUUGAAUUCACUGUAUAUAGAUAGACUUGAUAACCUACAGUUCCUGCCAUCUUCUUUGUCGGCCAUCUCAUCUCUCAACGGUCUACGGUUAAAUGGCAUUCCACUCCUCAAAUCAUUGCCAGAACUCCCUCUCUCCUUGAAUUCACUGCAUCUAUGGUAUCUCGAUAACCUAGAGUGCCUGCCAUCUUCUUUGUCGGCCAUCUCAUCCCUUAAGAAGCUAUCGUUAGCAUUCAUUCCACUCCUCAAAUCAUUGCCAGACCUCCCUUCCUCUUUGGAUUCACUGCAUCUAAGUAAUCUUGAUAACCUACAGUGCCUGCCAUCUUCUUUGUCGGCCAUCUCAUCCCUCUCGUUAGUUAAGAUUCCGCUCCUCGAAUCAUUGCCAGAACUCUCUCCCUCUUUGUCUUUUCUGUAUAUAAUUAGUCUUGAUAACCUACAGUUCCUGCCAUCUUUGUCGGCCAUCUCAUCCCUCAAGCAUCUAUCGUUAGAUAACAUUCCACUCCUCAAAUCAUUGCCAGACCUCCCUUCCUCCUUACAUUCAAUAGAAGUAGAAAAUUGUCAUCCAGAGUUGAUGAAGCGUUAUAAAAAAUUUUCAAGCUCCUGAUGUCCGUAUUGAUUUUAUUUAAGCGGGCUUAUUUUGUGCGGCGCGGCCCUAGACUGCAAAAUGUUUUUUUUUUUUUUCGUCG